AUGGAGGAUAUCCUCAACGAUAUAAUUUCGUUGAGUGAGAAGAAGCGGGGGGAGAAGAAGUUGGGCAAUCAACAGGGUGACCAUCAGGAUAUCCACCAGGAUGAUAACCAAACAAAAAUAAGCGCGGGCAGACGCCACGAGGGGAAGAACAACCAAGGGAGAAGAAAGCAGAAACUGGAAAGUGAUCUCCCUGGGGGUGCUGUUCCUGCUUCCACCGAAGAUGCCCCCCCGUCUAGCACGUGGGACUCCUCCACCGUGUGCUCCGUGGAUGAGGACAUGAGCGUGGAGAAGGCUAAUCUGUUCAGCCGGAUAAUUAAUGAAAGGAGGAAGAUUAAAGGCGACAGAAGGGCAAGCCUUGAGAAGACAAAUUUUGGGGACAUCGAACAAGGCAUUCAUCAAGUUACUCUCCAGGGCACGCAGAGAUGUGUAGAUGCUCCGCACGACUACUCAAUAGAUGAACACACACCUCUAUGUCAACAUCCCAACACCUUCAACUCCUACCUCCUCACCGUUAACCAAAUCAACACACAAAUUUCUUCCAUAUAUAAAAACAUAGACAAAAUAAAUUCAUGGAAAGAGAAAAUAGACUUCAACAUUUACGAUACGGAAGAGUUAAACGCGAAAAUAAAUUCAACCAUAAAAAAUACGGAACACAUUAUAUCACAAGUAAUGACUAGCAUUUUCAGUUUGAACGAAGAGAACAAACAGUUUGAGGCAAGUACUCAUGUGGUGAGUGAAAUCAAACUCCGCACAAACAUAUUUAUCGACGUUGUACAAAAAUACAAAGCAUGUAUUAACAAGUACAAGAACAUUUGCCACCACUAUUAUGAACACGUUAAUGCAAAUUUGCUGAAACAGUAUAGGCUCAUUUGCCCUAAUGUUAUUGAUGCUGAAGAUGGGGGCAGGAAGAGAAAGACUAAUAGCACUACGUCACAAGGGAAAGUAUGCAAAGGGGGUAGAGAAAAAUCGAGAACCGACUUGGAUGACAUCGAACAUUUUUUUAAUUUGCAAAAAAAAAAUAACUACGGCAACUUGGGGGAGCAUGUACAUGCACACCCAGAAAAUGCUGAUGGGGUUAACAUACAAAAAAUGAAAAAAAAAUACAAAGAACUGAAGGCGCUGGAAAAAAACAUCUCUGCACUCAAUGAUCUGUACAUCGAAUUAGCUUAUGUUGUAAAAAAGAGAACUAAUUAUAUUAAUAGCAUAGAAAAUAAUGUAUAUCAAGUGAAGGAUUAUACAGACGACGCAAUCCAUAAUAUUGUUGCCGCCAAGAGGUACAAUGCUCUUGUCAAAAGAAAAAUUUUCUAUUUCAGCCUUUUCCUUCUUGUCAUCGCCCUUAUCAUUUUAUUCCCCAUUUUUUUUAACUACUCCACCUAUUCACUUAGGUAG